CUCGUCACACAUAGGAUAAUUCACAUCGGUGAGAAACCUUUCAAGUGCUUGGAGUGUGCAAAGGAUUUUGUUCAUCAUUCUGAGCUCAUGAAGCACCAGCGAGUCCACACGGGAGAGAGGCCUUUCUGGUGCCUCGAGUGUGGGAAAUGUUUCUCCCGACAGUCCGUCCUCGUGAAUCACCACCGAAUCCACACAGGAGAGAAACCUUACAAAUGCUUGGAAUGUGUGAAAUGUUUCACCCAGAGAUCCCAGCUUGUCCGACACCUAAGAGUCCACACAGGGGAAAAACCUUACGAAUGCUUGGAGUGUGGGAAAUGUUUUGCCCGUCACUCGGUGCUGAUAAAUCACCAAAGAGUCCACACGGGAGAAAAACCAUAUAAAUGCCUGGAGUGCGACAAAUGCUUUGCUCGUCAGUCUGUUCUGGUGAACCAUCAGAGAGUCCACACUGGGGAGAAACCCUAUAAAUGCCAAGAGUGUGGGAAACGUUUUGCUCACCAAUCCAACCUUGUGAAUCACCAACGGGUCCACACAGGGGAAAAACCCUACAAAUGUCUGAAGUGUGGGAAGUGUUUUGCGCAGCAGUCAGAUCUUGUGAAACACCGGCGCAUCCACACGGGAGAGAGACCCUACAAAUGCCUGGUGUGUGGGAAAUGCUUUGCAAUACAUUCAGAUGUGGUAAAUCACCAGCGAGUCCACACCGGAGAGAAACCCCAUAAAUGCCAGGAGUGCGGGAAGUGUUUUUCCCAACGUUCGGCCCUCGUGAGCCACCAGCGAAUCCACACCGGAGAAAAACCCUACAAGUGUGUGGAAUGUGAGAAAUGUUUUGCUCAGCUCUCCAACCUGGUGAAGCACCAGAGAGUCCACACAGGGGAGAAACCCUACGAAUGCUUGGAGUGCGGGAAGCAUUUUGCUCGACACUCCCACCUCCAAGUUCACCACAGAGUUCACUCGGGUGAGAAACCUUUCAAGUGCUUGGAGUGUGCAAAGUAUUUCUUUCACCAUUCCGAGCUUGUGAAACACCAACGAAUCCACACCGGAGAGAAGCCUUUCCGGUGCCUCGAGUGUGGGAAAUGUUUCUCCCGACAGUCUGUCCUUGUGAAUCACCACCGAAUCCACACGGGAGAAAAACCUUACAAGUGUUUGGAAUGUGUGAAAUGUUUUACGGAGAGAUCCCAGCUUGUCCGACACCUAAAAAUCCACACAGGGGAGAAACCUUACGAAUGCUUGGACUGCGGGAAAUGUUUUGCCCGUCACGAGGUGCUGGUAAAUCACCAAAGAGUCCAUACGGGAGCAAAACCAUACAAAUGCAUGGAGUGCGACAAAUGUUUUGCUCGUCAGUCUGUCCUAGUGAGCCAUCAGAGAAUCCACACCGGGGAAAAACCCUAUAAAUGCCAAGAAUGUGGGAAAUGUUUUGCUCACCAGUCCAACCUCGUGAAUCACCACCGUGUCCACACAGGGGAGAAACCGUAUGAAUGUCUGAAGUGCGGGAAGUGUUUUGCGCAGCAGUCAGAUCUUGGGAAGCACCGGCGCAUCCAUGCAGUUGAGAGACCCUACAAAUGCCUGGUGUGUGGGAAAUGCUUCGCAGUUCAUUCAGAUGUGGUGAAUCACCAGCAAAUCCACACGGGAGAGAAACCCCAUAAAUGCCAGGAGUGCGGGAGGUGUUUUGCCCAACAUUCGGCCCUUGUGACUCACCAGCGAAUCCACACAGCAGAGAAACCCCAUAAAUGCCAGGAGUGUGGGAAAUGUUUUGCCCAACGCUCAACCCUUGUCAGCCACCAGAGAAUCCACACAGGAGAAAAACCCUACAAGUGUGAGGUGUGUGGGAAAAGCUUUGCUGAGCUCUCGAACCUGGGGAAACACCAAAAAGUUCACACAGGGGAGAAACGCUACAGAUGCUUGGAAUGCGGGAAACGUUUUGCUCGACAUGCCCACCUCCAGGUUCACCACGGAGUUCACUUAAAAGCAAAAUCCCGUAAAGGCCUCAAGGGAGAUCAACUCUUUAUAGAAAAAGGAAACUUUAUUCAGUAUGAAAUAGCUGGCACAGGGGAAAUACAUGCCGAAUAAUCCUGUGGGAAGCAAAUGCUUUCUUGAAUUGAGCUCAUCUCCCCACUUUAGGUCUUCCAAGGGGGAAGACAAAGUAUUUCAAUGAUAAUGACAGUCUUUCUGUCUGAAAUGUGAGUCUGGCCUCCCAGUUUGAGAGCAGCAGAGACAGGGUAGGAAGUGUUAGUUAGGGCUAUUUUCCAUUUCUCAACUUUUCUAUUUCCUUUGUUUCAAAAUACUAUAGGAUGCCCACUUUUCUACCUUUCUGGUUUAGAUUAGAAAAGAAAUUAUCUCUAUUUUUUCCCAUGUUUGCAAAUGUUACCAACCAACCACCAAUCCCAGCCUCUGUGUUUAGGAAAUGAAAUCACGAGGAAGCAGCACUCAUUAAUUCUGAAUAACAUGAAUUUUCUGAAAGUCGGAUUUGAGGUUUUAGGGCAGGGGUCCUCAAGUGUUUUCAGCCGAGUCCCCAUUCUAUAGUUUGGGUAAAUCAGGGUGUUUGAUUCAAAUUGGUUGUUUUCUUCUUCUAAGUUGGGUAUCCCUUAUCCAAAAUGAUUGGGAUCAGAACUGCUUUGGAUUUUGUUUGUUUUAUGUGUUAUCGAAGGCUUUCAUGGCUGAAAUCACAGGGUUGUUGUAAGUUUUUCAGGCUGUAUGGCCACGUUCCAGAAGCAUUCUCUCCUGACGUUUCGUUUGCAUCUAUGGCAUGGACGCAGGCAAAACGUCAGGAGGGAAUGCUUCUGGAACAUGGCCAUACAGCCCGAAAAACUUACAGCAACCCAUUAUGAUUUUGUAUAUAUUUUUAUUUACACUUGAUUUUAUCUAGUGCAUAAUAUACACCUAAAAAGGCAUCCCAUAGCCAUCCUCUUGAAUAUUUCUGUUAGCACUUAGAUAAACAUAUAUAAAAUAUAUAUUUACAAUUCUUGUAGCUGCACCUCAUCCUUUUAUACAUUCUAUUUAAUUAACUCCUUGUUGUCACUCCAGGAUAACUCAAUAUAGACUAGAAAAGCAUCCUAAAACUAUUUGCUUUGUUUUAUGUAGCACUUCCCAUUUAUAUUGUUAACUUUCCAAAAUCAAGCAGAAAUAUUAAAAGGGGUUUGUCGUCCUUACCAAGAAAACCCUAUGAAGGAUUGGGCUUAGAGGCAUCAUAAAUCAGAAAAAUAUUGGUUUUCGGGAAUCCUGAUCAGAGAUGCUAAGCCUGUAUUAAUCUUAGGUCUUGUUCCUUUGGUUAAUUCUCCUCUUCUCAAAAUCCCUGGAGCAGAUAUAAAACCACGUUUUUAUUCAUGCAAGAUGUUUGUAGUAGUUGUAGUAUAGUAGUAGUAGUAAUAGUAGUAGUCGUGCUUUAUUUUUUACCCACCUCUCCUAAUGGCUUGUAAUGCUUAAGGAGUGAAAAGAAUCUGAAUGUGUUUGAAAAGAACUUCAAUUGUGGGUAUAAUAAAGGAAUUAAACAUUGUAUUACUGCAGGAGCGAUUAUAUAUAAACAACCUGAUAUACACACAUAUUGUGUGUGUGUGUGUGCAUACACACACACACACAGAGACAAUCCUAUUGUACUUCUGCUCUUGAAAGUCUGUGAUGUUUGCUUCAAUAAUUCCUGUCUGGUUUAAUGUUUUUUUGCCCCAAUUUAAUGAUUAUGUAUAUUCUAUUAAUCAAUAAACAAUUUCCACUUGUAAAACCA